GCCGCGGGGACAGCCCUGGGGACAGCCGCCGYGGGAUGCGUUAGCCGCCGGAUCGCACGGGAAUAUUUCUGCUGGGAAAAGGAGAGCGGCAGCCUCCUCCCGCGGCCGGCGAGCGGCAGGAAAAGCGGAUUUAAAGAGCAUCUUCGCCCCUUUGUUGGAUGAGAAGGACGGGGAAGGAGCGGCAGGAUGAGCACUAGCAUUCCCUACCAGCAGAACCCCUACAGCUCCGGGAGCAGCUCCUCUGUCAUCCAAUGCUACCGCUGCGGGGACACCUGCAAGGGCGAGGUCGUGCGAGUGCAGAGCAACCACUUCCACAUCCGCUGCUUCACCUGCCAAGUGUGCGGCUGCGACCUGGCGCAGUCGGGUUUCUUCUUCAAGAACCAGGAGUACAUCUGCACCCACGACUACCAGCAGCUCUACGGGACCCGCUGCGACAGCUGCGGCGACUUCAUCACCGGCGAGGUCAUCUCUGCGCUGGGCAGGACCUACCACCCCAAGUGCUUUGUGUGCAGCACCUGCAGGAAGCCGUUCCCCAUCGGAGAUAAAGUCACGUUCAGCGGCAAGGACUGCGUCUGCCAAAACUGCUCCCAGUCGCUGCUCAGCACCAAGCCCAUCAAGAUCCACGGGCCCAGCCACUGCGCCGGCUGCAAGGAGGAGAUCAAGCAGGGCCAGUCGCUGCUGGCUCUGGAGAAGCAGUGGCACGUCAGCUGCUUCAAGUGCCAAACGUGCGGGAUCAUCCUCACCGGCGAGUACAUCAGCAAGGAUGGCAUCCCGUACUGUGAGUCCGACUACCACGCCCAGUUCGGCAUCAAGUGCGAGACCUGUGACCGCUACAUCAGCGGCCGUGUCCUGGAGGCAGGAGGGAAGCACUACCACCCCACGUGUGCCAGAUGUGUGCGCUGCCACCAGAUGUUCACCGAGGGAGAGGAGAUGUACCUGACAGGCUCGGAGGUGUGGCACCCCAUCUGCAAGCAGGCAGCCAGAGCAGAGAAGAAGCUGAAGCACAGAAGGACGUCAGAAACCUCCAUCUCGCCCCCUGGCUCCAGCAUCGGCUCCCCGAACCGWGUCAUCUGCGCUAAAGUGGAUAAUGAGAUCCUUAAUUACAAAGACCUGGCAGCUCUUCCCAAGAUUAAAGCCAUCUAUGAAGUGCAGCGUCCUGACCUCAUUUCCUACGAGCCCUAUCACAGAUACACGUCGGAUGAGACGCUGGAGAGAUAUAGCUAUGGGGAGUCCCUGGGGACCCUCUCCCCCUACUCACAGGACAUCUACGAGAGCUUUGACACGCGGCAGAGACGCGCCUCCAGCCCUGGCUACAUCGACUCCCCCACCUACAGCCGCCAGGGCAUGUCCCCCACCAUCCCCAGGUCUCCCCACCAUUUCUACCGCUCAGGCACCGAGAGCGGGCGCAGCUCCCCCUACUAUAGCCAGUUAGAUGUGAGGUCCUCCACUCCAACCUCAUACCAAGCGCCCAAGCAUUUCCACAUCCCAGCUGCUGGCGAGAGUAACAUCUACAGGAAGCCCCCCAUCUACAAGCGCCACGACCCCCCCUCGGCAGCCACGAAAAGCAAAACGAGCGAGGACAUCGCGCAGUCCUCCAAGUACAGCCCCGCCUACUCCCCGGACCCCUACUACCACUCCGAGUCCGAGUACUGGUCCUUCCAGGGCUCCCCCAAAGCCCCCCGGGCCCGGCGGUUCUCGUCAGGAGGWGAAGAGGACGGGUACGACCGGGGCAUGCACAAGAUCCAGAGUGGCAUCGGGAGGCUGAUCCUGAGGGAGGAGAUGAAGGCUCGGUCCAACUCYUACGCAGACCCCUGGACCCCCCCUCGCAGCUCGGCCAGCAGCAGAGAGGCCCUGCACACAGUGGGCUACGAGGGCUCCCUCAAUGGCUCUCCCCGAACCCACUACCUGGCCGACAGUGAUCCCCUCAUUUCCAAGUCGGCCUCACUCCCUGCCUACAGGAGGAAUGGGCUGCACAGGCCUCCCAGCGCCGAGCUGUUCCACUACGACAGCACCAACGCCGUCAAYUGGGGGAUGCGAGAGUACAAGGUAAGACCCUUCUGCUGCACAGAUGGCAGUGCCAGGGAUGUGCCCRCGUGUCCCCAGGCUCUGCAGGGGGAAGCUUUGCCCUCUGCCUUGGUUCCCCUCCAUGGCUGACCUGACAGCCCCAUCCCAGGGCUGUGGGGCUCAGACCCGAGUCCCUGCCCUCCUGCCAGGCCCCAAGUGCUCGGCUGAGCAGAAUUGUCCCCUGGGUGAGGAGCAGAGCAGGGGGUUGGUUGUGUUGGUGCUUUCCUGCUCACGCUGGUGCCUGGGUCAUUCCUGGUGAGACGUGAGCAGGUUAUUCCAGAGCCUCCAUGGAGAUUCAGGGUGGAUCAGUCACCCUGAGAGCAAUUCCCACCUCUC